AUGUCGGACUUGACGAACUACCAGCACCAUGCCCUGGUGGUCACGGAGCGAGUCAACUCUUCUGUCUCGAUUAUAUGCAUCGUUUUUGUGAUCGUGACAUACCUUUUCGUUCCAGGCUUCGACAAACCCAUCAAUCGCCUGAUCUAUUUCGCUAGCUGGGGCAACUUGGGAUCGAACAUUGCCGCCUUGAUUUCGGAAUCCGGACCCGCCGCAGGACGGGACUCUGGUCUAUGUCAGUUCCAGGGCUUUCUAGUCGAGAUGUUCCUGGGCGUGGACUGCUACUGGGCUUUCUUCAUGGCGGUCAAUGUCUACCUGGUUUUCUUUCGAAAUUAUACGGUGGAGCAGCUGCGAUCCCUGGACGUCAUCUACCUGAUUCUCAGCUUCAUCCUUUCACUGAUUCCCUCCCUUACCUUCAUCUUCAUCUCGACUCCGGGACGAGGCCGCAUGUACGGCGACGCGACAAUCUGGUGCUGGAUUACGUCCGAAUGGGAUUUUAUGCGAAUCGUCUUCCUUUACGGUAUUGUUUGGGUCGCCCUACUGUUUGCCUUUGUCAUCUAUGCCAUGACUGCCAAGGCCAUCUGGGACAAGAGAGAGCAUCUAGAUGGUUACUUGAACCCUCUGAACGAGAGUCCCUUUGUCAACACUAUCACCACCGAAGUCAAGAUCACGCAUGAGGAGCGGCCAAUUGUGCAAGACGCAGGCCCGCAUGGCAUUUCGGAACUGACGCCUGAUCAUGACGUCUAUGCUGUUCAGGUAGAGGCCGACCCUCAAAAGCCACAAUCGAACAUGCCCGAUGCUCUUCGAGUCCGCAGCAUUACCCGGAAUGCAGCAGAGCAGGCACAGAACCAAGAGGCUUGGCUCUAUGCUCGGGUUGCCUUUUUAUUCUUCCUGGUCCUCAUGAUUACUUGGAUUCCAACUAGCGUUAAUCGUGUCUAUGCCCUCGUGGAUCCAAUGGGAAUGAACUUCCCGCUGAACUACGUUGCAUCCUUUGUCUUCCCCUUACAGGCCUUCUGGAACGGAAUCGUCUAUGUCAUCACCUCCCAAACCGCUUGCCGAAAACUUUUGACUCGCUUAUUUGUGAGGCCGUUUCGCAAAACAAACCGCCAGUCCGCACUCAGUGGAGUGAAGCAUGAUAGUCGAAACAUGUAUCCGUCUCGUGGGAAGCAACGGUUGCGCAGCUUUUCUAGUUGCAGCGAUCAGGGCGGGGAGGGGUUAGAGCUUCACCAUGUCCCAAAGCAAUGA